UGAGGAAGAACGAGGGGGGGUGUGUGUGAUGGGAACAAGGUCAGGCCAGGAGGCCUCUGAGGACAGAGACUGUGGGGAGACCGGGACUGAGGGAAAGCAAAGGAACUAGAGCAGGGGCCAAAGGAAGAGGGGGGAUAGGGGGAGGUAUUUGCGGGGGAGGUUCAGCAGCUGUCUUUCCUAAGACAGGGCCACAUGGGCCUGGUUAUUCCUCUUGUCACAUGUGGAGUGGUAGGAGAUGGAAGAGGCAGAAAGACAGGGCAAGCAAAGGAGGGCAUGGGCACAGAGAAAAAUGGGCUUAGCUGUUCCAGCAACAGGGUGCCAGCGGAGGAGCAUGGCUUAACCCAGCACACACACCCCUCACCUUGAAGUCCUCUCAAACUGUCCAGAUCCUUUCCCCACAACACUGACACCUGACAGGGUCCUUCUCGAAUACAAGCAAUAUCCAUAUUCCCACUUGGAAGGGGGGAACAAGACACGACCAGGAAAGAAAAGCAGCAAAGCAAGAGCCUUACUGGAUUUCAGCAGCAGGUGUGGUAUCCAGGGAAAAUAAAUUUGGACAGCCAGGAACUGAAAAACCCACCAAUCUAAAACCAGACCUCUGUGCCUCUUCCCCAGUGACAAAAAUGUCCUGCCAGGUUCCUCCUGGAAAAAACCUCAGUUCCCCUCCUAUCUCCUUCCCAGCCAAGUCCCAGGUUUCCCGUCUUCUAGGAAAAGACGGAGCCCUCUAUUCAGAUCUUCCCUGUGGUGUGUGUGGGUGGAGGAGCUGGGCUCCGAUAGUGGACCAUGGUCCAGGGCAGGGGCUCCAGGUCCAGCGCGGGUGGGAGGAGAAGGCGUCACUUCCGGGGGCCCUCGCCAGUGUCUGGUGGCUCCCUGCUCUCUGAUUGGGCAGAAGUGGCCAGGGCAGGCGUGUGACCCCACUGCCGUGGAGGGGCUAUGCCCCACAGCCACUUGUCUUCCUCCCCAUCUGCUCCCCAGCGUGCUGCCUGCUCUGCACCUGGGUCCUGGAGCCCUUCUCCACCCGGACAGAGUCCAGACCCUCUUCCUUGGCCCACCUGUGCCCCACCCCACUCUGCCCAGAAGUACAAGAGCCCAAGCCGCCUCCAUGGCCCCAGGAAGGAUUCAGGGGAGAGGCCCCACACAGGGAGCCACUUCAACCAGACAGCCGGGCCAGAAUGGAGCUGACUGAACUGCUCCUCGUGGUCAUGCUUCUCCUAAAGGCACAACUAACUUUGUCCAGCCCGGUUCCUCCUGCCUGUGACCUCCGACUCCUAAAUAAACUGCUUCGUGACUCCCAUGUCCUUCACAGCAGACUGAGCCAGUGCCCGGACGUUAACCCCUUGUCCACACCUGUCCUGCUGCCUGCUGUGGACUUUAGCUUGGGAGAAUGGAGAACCCAGACGGAGCAGACCAAGGCACAGGACGUUCUGGGAGCAACGACCCUUCUGCUGGAGGGAGUGUUGGCAGCACGGGGACAACUGGGACCCACUUGCCUCUCAUCCUUACUGGGACAGCUUUCUGGACAGGUCCGCCUCCUCCUUGGGGCCCUGCAGGGCCUCCUUGGAACCCAGACAAGGGAGGCACGAGAGCUGGCCCAGGUCUCUGGCCUCAGGCCCAUCCUCUGCCCUCAGCUUCCUCCACAGGGCAGGACGACAGCUCACAAGGAUCCCAAUGCCAUCUUUCUGAGCUUCCAACAACUGCUUCGAGGAAAGGUGCGCUUCCUGCUGCUUGUGGUAGGGCCCACCCUCUGUGCCAAGCGGGCCCUACCCACCACAGCUGUCCCAAGCAGUACCUCUCUAUUCGUCACACUGAACAAGCUCCCAAACAGGACUUCUGGAUUAUUGGAGACAAACUCCGGGGUCUCGGCCAGAACUACUGGCUCUGGACUUCUGAAGAGGCUGCAGGGCUUCAGAGCCAAGAUUCCUGGUCUGCUGAACCAAACCUCCAGGUCCCUAGACCAAAUCCCCGGACACCUGAACAGGUCCUUGAAUGGAACUCAUGGACUCUUUCCUGGACCCUCACCCAGGGCCCUAGGAGGCCCAGACAUUCCUCCAGGAACUUCGGACCCGGGCUCCCUGCCACCCUACCUCCGGCCUGGAGACUCUCCUUCCCCAACCCAUCCUCUGAAUGGACAAUACACACUCUUCUCUUCGUCACCCAUCUUGCCCACCCCAACAGUCCAGCGCCAACCCCCACUUCCUGACCCCUCUGCUAUCAUGCCCAGCUCCCCCAGUCCUCACCUAAUUGCAGCCCACCCUCACUUCCAGAAUCUGUCUCAGGAAGAGUAAGGUACUCAGGCACUGCCAACCUUCGGCAUCGUCUUCCAUGUAAUAUCCCCUACCCGGAGGAGGGGCCCCAGACUUCCUGCUUUCACCUGACACCCAAAGCCCUGGGGAAGGGGGAUACACGGGACAGACAAAGGGAUCGUUUUUCACUGUAUAUUAUAAAACUUGAGAAGCUAUUUUUUUAAGCUAUCAGUAAUAUUCACCAGAGCAGCUAGUUAUCUUUGGUCUGUUUUCUGCACAAAUUUACAACUUACUAAUUCUCUAUAUGCUUUUUUUCAUAUACUAAUUCUGUAAAGGCCUGGACUGGCCUCUGAACAGAGGUAGAGACCAACCUUAUGUCAAACAAAAAAGAGUUUAGUUUUCUACUCAGAACGAAGGUUGGUCUCUUUUCCUCCUUUACUUGUGGGACUCUGAUCUCCUUUUCUUAGAUCCUUACCCUUCAGAAAUGAAUGAGAAGUUGUCUCAGAAAGGCUGUCCCUACACAAUAGACAAAACUGAGCCUAUAUAAAGAAAGAAUAAACGAGGGCACCCAAAAGCUAACUGAAAAGCAAGGGAAAGAUGUUCCUCUUGGGGGGCAAUAGACCGCCCCCUCCCUAGAAAAGAAAAGAAAGCUAACAGGAAGCCUUGGAGAGACACACACCCCAGGUAAGGCUGUGCAGACGGUUCAGUCAAGACAAGACCUGGAUGUGACAGCUGAGCAAACAGCCAGAGCUUCAGCAGCGCAGCAGGACGCUCCUGCAGGCCUGGGCUCCUGCCUCCCUCCUGUGGAGGUCAGGGGGAAGUGCAGGAAGUGGCAUGAGUCAGUCUCCUAGGGCUCACACAGCAGGAGGGACAAGCACAAGUCAAGUACAAGUUGAAGACUCAUUUCCCAAUUCCCAGAAGUGCACAGUGUCUAAAAAGUGGCCCCAUGGGACUGCCAUAAACUCUGCUGGGGAUCUCUAGAAAAGAAGCUAGGCUUCUGGGGCUUUGCAAAUAAAUGCUGCCUUGCUGCUUACGAAGAGGUUUAUGUUGCCCAAAACAAAAACUUCACUGCAAAGGUCAACCUACCUCCAGAGGCUCCUGUAGGAAAACGAAUGGAAGCUUUUUCCUCUCCCUACCAGCUCCCCAAAGGAGAGGAAAGGCUACCAUGUGGAUAGAGGAGCCAGGAACCCAGAGAUCCAAACUCUGCCACAAACACUCCAGGAUCACUAAAGGCAUUGCAAAACAAUAGAAUGAAAGCCAGCGUGCCAGGAACCUUAUGUACAUCACCUUUUCUAACACUCACACAACUCUACAAGGUAGGUAUUAUCAUGUCUACUGUACAGAUGAGGAAACUGAGGCUCAGAGAAGCCAGGCAAGUUCCCAAGGGUUUCACAGCCUGUGAGCAGGAAAAGAACACCCUAGGCUGACUUAGUCUGGGGCACAUACUCUCCCCAGUGUGGUUCACUGUCCAAUGUAUCAUUCAGUGAUUCUAUUUACUGGGAAAGAUUUCCAAGUCCUUAGGGAGUAAAUGCAUCAACAGUUAAAGAGUUCUGAGUAGAAAACCAAAGCUCUUGGUAGGGGUGGCCAAUUUAGACGUCUCCAGGUAUCCCUGUCUCCCACCAUGGACCAAACAGUUGCCGUGGAGAAGGAAUCAACAAAUGCACAAAGCUCACAAGUGUUGUCCGAAUCUCAGAUGGUGUCAGUUUCUGCAUGGGAGAGAACCAGUUUAUCCACACUACAAAUUCCAGCAUGCAGUCAAGGGAAUGGUAAGUGGAAAUUUUAAUUCACUGAAAUACUAAAGUAGGUUAAAUCUAAUGAUCAGAUGAAACACUUUAUGGAACAUGAAAGCCAGCCCCCAGGACAAGAUAUGCCAAAGGGACCAGAGAAAAAGAAUGAAGGUUCUCAGCACAGUCAGACAAGAGACAAACAUGGCAAAACUGCAAGAAGUACGUAGCCAGAAAGUUCUAGGCAUCCAGUAUUGGCAGGUGACUUACUCCAGGGAAAAUGCAAAUAACUCAUGGGGUUCUCCAGUAUGAACUAAUCUGCCUCUACUGAGGGUCUCACUCAUUCCCAAAUCAUUCUGUCUGGCUCAUUCUGUCCCUUCUUCCCUUUACUCAAAAAACAAAAAAACCAUGACAACCAGAACACUCUUAUCUCUAUUCAACUGUAUGCCAUUUUUCUUUCUUCUGCCAUCCCGGGGCAGCCAGGACAGUCUGCUAUGCUACCUCACAAAACUAUUCUUGGUAAUUAGGUUCUCCCACUCUAACCCUAAAUCAAUCUGUCUCCAACUUGCGCUCUGCCCACCCACGCCCCCACAAAAAAAAAUCUGACUCCUCGUAAAGGCUCUAGGAUUCCAAAAAUUUCAUCCCAACCCCCACUGCAUCUCUUAUUCCCUCCCAGCCCACAUAGUAAAGCAAAAGAAACACCUUUCCCUCCCCCUGCAGAGGCCAUUCAUUUUCAACCCAUUUCCCUAAAUACUAUUUCUAACACCUCAUGUAAAGACCUGAAAACGACGGGGAAGGAAAUACCCCAGGCAUCCCAGCAGGGGCACCACCUCCCCUGGCAAAACCCGGGAGAUCAAAAGGGACAACUGCUUAAUACACACAGUCUUUCUGGAUUGUUACACUGAAUUUCCCGGGGGAAAUCAGAGUCCCGUAUACCUCCUCAGAGACCCCAAAUGCCAGGCUGAAGACGCAGCUCCUAUGCUGGAGUCCUUGUUAAGUAUCACGAUUUCAACUUUGUUCUUCCCCCAUUUUUAAGUUAGUUACUACAGUCAGUCUGCUGUAUUGUCCCGGGCACUGGCACUGGACUGCCAGCCUCAUUGGUAUUGCUGCCCUGUCCACUUCACUGGUCUGUACAGCAGCUCCCUGCUCAGUGUCACUGGUGAGAACCACCACCAUUUACCCUCCCUCCAGGUCACCAGUGGAAUGUAGAGCAGAGAGCUAGCUCCUCCACCUGCUUCCAUAAACACCAAAUCCACUCUUCCUGUCCUCUUCAUAGUCGUGUCCCACGCCUGUGUCUAAAAGCCUCCACCUAAAGCUUCCAGAAAAACGAUGAAUAUUUCCAGCCUAUGCAAGUGACUCAUUCAAGUCGAUGUGAUCUGACUUCCUAAGAGACUGAAAGUGUUGGAAGCACACAAGCAGGGCUCCUCGCCAAUUCAAAAUUCUAUGCCAAAUGGGUGGUAUCCUCCAGGCCUGGGGUGCCCUCAGGAGCCAAAAGCACAACACUCUCUCCCGCAGACAAAAAAUCACAUUAGAGGGUAAAUCUUGGGGAUGGUCAGCCAGGA